UGACAUAAAUCAGGUCACGGGCACCCAGCCACACACAACCUUUGCCUUGUCGCAAUUCACAAGCAAAAAAGAGGAGGAUAGAGAAUGUCACAGGAGCACCAACUCCAGCGUGGGGCAGCCUGCCGUUCUUGUGUGCAGGGAUCCUGUGGGGAGAGGAGCAAAAUGGAAAACUUUGGCUGCAAUUCGGAGUGCAGUAAUUUGGAAUAGACCUUUAUCCCUGGAGAAUUCAGAGCAUGAUUUCCAACUGGGAGACUAUGUCUAUGUGAAGACUUGGACCUCCGAACAUUUACAGGAACGUUGGAGACUUUCCAGAAACUGUUAACCACUUUUACAGCUAUCAAGAUUGCAGAAUCAGAUGUUUGGAUACAUUAUACUCAAGUGAAGAGUACACCUACUCCAUGGAAGAUUGUCAAUCGUGACCCAGAGACUUUAAAACUGACACUGAAACAUGUCUAAUUUUUUUAUAUCAGAUUUUGAUUGGGAUUUUUUUGGAUUUUAUUUUGGUCGGUAGUGCUGGUAGGAUCAUGGGCUGACUUGGUGGAUAGGAACAAAAGACAACUAGAAACAGAACAAGUAAUUGACAUUCCCAAACAAAUGAUUGAGGAAAAUCUGAUGUUGGGAUUGAUUAAAGGAUUUUCCAAUUUGCAAAAUGUUACACACAUUACUGCUUGUUUACCAAUACCGGGGGCAGUAGGUGAAUCUAUUCCAUGGGGAAUUUUAACCAUUAAUCUGACCAAUCUGGAACAUAAAAAUGAGACCACCUAUUGUGAACAAAGGCCAGUAACUCAAUGGUAUGAACAAGUAAAGGUUAUUAGAAAACAGUGGAAGUUGCCAGGUAAAGAAACAGAUUGUAAAAAACUACUGAAUUAUGAUUUUAUAACAGGAUCCCGACCUAGUGCCAUAGCUUGAGUUCUUUUUCCUGGGGGUCCAAAUCCCUAGUUAAGAUGGUGUUCUUAUGAUGAACAACUUAAAACCAACGUAAACAAAAGUAUCAUGCAAUGGAAGCGUAACAAAACUGGCCAAGGUACACAAUUAGUAGAACAACGGGGCUCUAUAUGGUCCAUGGCGAUAUUUUCUCAAUUCCAGUAGAUGGCCAGAACUCCUUGGUAUUUUACCUGGGAUGGAAAAACUUUUGCAGUUUUACCCUGGGUCUAUGAUAGAGCAUCUUCACUGAGAGAGAAGGAAAGUAAAAUAGUGUCAUGGUGGAAAGGUGAAAAAGUGUAUGAUUGCAGCAAUGCAGACUUAAUAAUUCAACAAAUUCCUCCUUUGGCCGCUGCUUUAAAAUAUGGUUGUUUUUGCCGAGGUCUUAAAAAUACUCUCAAUUUAACCAGCACUUUUACACCCAGGAAAGGAACUCUGUUUAGUUGCAGAAAAUCUACUAUACAAAGUCCAGGACAUUUAAUUUGGGCAUUAAGUGACGGAACCUGGACAACUCAUCUACCAUUAGAUGGUAAGGUGAAACAAAUCACUUUAGGCAUGCCAACAUUGUGUCCGAUUUGGAAAAAAUCACCAUUUAGAGGAUCCCUAGAAAGUUUAAAAUUAAAACUAACCAAGAGGUCUGAGACAGAUGAUGAUACUUGGAAUGAACCCUCAACAGGAGUAAAAAUUGGCUGGGCACUUGAAUCGCUUUUGAAUCCUAUAGCAUCAUAUAGAAAUAGAGAAUGGCUUUAUCAGUUAACAGGUCAAGUAGAAAAAUUAACAAAUGUCACCAAAAAGAGGUUUAAGGAAUUGAACAUACAGUUACAGGCGACUUCCAAGAUUACUUUGCAAAAUAGAAUGACAUUAGAUAUGCUCCUACUUAAAGAACAUGGGGCAUGUGUAUAUCUCAAGGAUAGACUGAACCACAGUUGCAUUCACAUUCCAAAUGUCACUCAAGAUGUGGAACAUGAUCUGGACCUAUUAGGUAAAAUUGAGAAAAGAUACAGAAUCAAUUCAAGAAGAUAUGUUAGAAGAUUGGCUGGGGAAAAUUUUUUUAACAAACUGGGAUGGAAUUUGAGCUCUUGGAUACAAUCCAUAAUCAAAACUUUGUUUCUGUUACUGAUUGUCUUUCUGAUGAUCAUGCUAGUAUAUGCAUGUUUGAAGAAACAGUUUACCAAUAGAAUUUCAGUCAAUCGUAUGAGAGAAGUACCAACUAUUCCAUCAAGACAUAGUCCACCACGACAAUAUGCUGAAACAAAUGAUAUGUAAAUAAUGUGAAAGUAUUGAAAUAAUAAUUUUCAGCACUUUCAAAGGGGGGAAAUGAUACAGAUUUGCUAAUAUGUUAAGAUUGAUUGACUUUAUUUGAUUUUAUAAAAUCAUUUUUAUUAGAAAUAUAGAGGGAUAAGAAAUAUAUUUGCACAGUAAAAGCUGUUAUGAAAUCCUUUGUACAGUCCUGUACCGAGGCGAGAAGAGUGGGCUAGAAUCAGUGUUUAAACUUAGGUAAUAAAUUUAGGGUUUGAAAGGUUUCUUUGUAGUUAACUAGUCUUCCGUAUGUAGAAAGUGUAUUGAAAUGUCAGAAUAUAGGAUUUAUGGAAACUGGGGAGAGUCGACUGGAACAGCUUGUAGUUACCUGCCAAGAAACCGUGAAUUUUAGUAAAAGGUAAUUCCGGCAGGGGGAGAUCGCGACCACCGACUCAUAUACAUACCACCUACCCAAAUCGUACCCCAGACCCAUUUCUGGACCUUUCUAACCUUUACUGCACAGAAUCGGAUAUGGGAGGAGAAUAUGUUAAUGGUUUUUGGGAAAUAUCAUGAUUAUGCAUGAAUACUUAAUGAAUAUGCAUGAGUAAGUUCUAUAUAUGGUGUCUGAUUUUGAAACUUGGUGUGUGUUGAUUGUGAGACGACUCACUCACGCACCUGGCUGUUAAUAAAGAAGUGUCUGCUUAUCUA